AUGCCGCGUCAUAGUAAAAACAAUACUGCACUUUCGUUCUUUACGUAUGCUGAAGGCAAAGCGUUAAAAUAUGGUACAAAAAAGCAACGUUUAGGUCGAGAUUCCAUGCGAGAAUUUGAUGCAUGUUUUCUUUGCCUUCGAAGAGCUCGUGAUCCUAUAUGUUGUGAACAAGGUCAUCUAUAUUGUAAAGAAUGUAUAUUAGAAAAUCUUUUAGCACAAAAAAAAGAAAUCCGACGUCAACAAAAUUUAUUAGAAGCAAGAGCAAAAGAUGAACUUGAGGAAUCUAAAAGAAAAGAACAAUUAGCUAAAGAAGCAGUUAUUCAUAAUUUUGAAAGACAACAAGUUCGAAUCGCUCCAUUUGGAUCAAAAACUGAUGAAUCAACAAAAUUAUCAAUAGAUACUUUGACAAAAACUAUUGAUAAAACAAUUGAUACUCCUAACUCCUCAAAAAGUGUCAAAGCCAUAGAGAGUAGUGAAGCAUUUCAAGAUAAAGAACUAACUUUAAUAGCCGGAAAAAAACGUGAUUUUCAUCUCGAUGAAGAUGAAGCAGCUGCAACUAAACCAAAAUUACCUAAUUUCUGGUUGCCGUCGCUUACCCCUUCUGCUGAUCCUGAUAAAAUAAAAUCUGUGAAACUACAGACUAUGUGUACAGCCACUGAUCCUGAACAUCCUUUUGGUGUAAAAAAUUUUAUACCAACAAAGUUCACUGAAGAUAUAGAUACAAAAACUAAAAAAACUAGUUUUGUUUGUCCUUCAUGUCGUAAAACCUUAACAAACUCUGUUAAAAUUUGUUUGAUGAAACGUUGUGGGCAUGUUAUUUGUAAAACUUGUGUUGAAAAAUUUGUUAAAAGUUCAAAACAAUGUUUUGUUUGUAAUGAAAAAUGUCGAAGUAAAGAUAUUACUGAUAUGUCGGGUGAAGGUACUGGAUUCGCAAGUGGAGGUGGUCCAGUUAUGGCAGAACGUUUCGAUGUCGCAUUUCAAUAA